AUGCUAUACUCAGUACAACUCGACUCGUUACACGAGUCAAAAGAGCAGCGUCAAUACUGUUGCAAAGCCGAUGAUAAGCAUUCAACCGGGAUCAACAUCUUCAAUCAACCUAUUUGGUAUGUGGUAGCUGUUAUGCUCACCUUUGUGGUCAUUCUUGCCAUUGCCGUCACUACGGGACUGCUGCUCUACCGACGUUCUAUGUACGGUUGCCUCGUGAAGAGUUCGACUAACGCCGAGUCUUCGCUACACAUUGAUGGAGGGUUGUGCCUACCGUUCUACCGUCGGUCUAUACAAAAGAAGGAGAUAGUGGUGUACCACCCUUAUCACCAUCCGAUAGUCUCCGGCGGAGGAGGCAGGAUGAUGGAUUCCCAGACGGAACGGAGACUAGCAAAUCAUUCUCUCGGUGGUUCUGUUGCAUCUGGCAGAAGAGCCGGUACUGAGAUGACGGGUUUGGAUUUGGGACCAGUAGAAUUGACUAAUCAUGGCAUUCUUCAUCCUCCAGGCCCUAACUCCGACCUCGAAUUACCCGUAUCAGCGUCUGCAUUUUCAGGAAAGGUCCCCAGUCUUAAAAGCAGCGUGCUACGGUUAGUCGUCAGGUGGUUUCGGUGCAUCCCUUUCAUGUUUACCCCUGGUUCAUUCACUAAAGUUUUUAUUAAAUGUGUUCACCCUAUUUUGUUUAAGAUAAUGAAGGACUGGUAA